AUGGUUCCCCAAAUCAAACAGGACCCCGACGCGGCAUCACCAUAUAUCAAACCCGACCCGGACAGCAAAGAUGCUAUUCUCGACGACAUUGACGAUGAAGAUCUGUAUGAAGAUGCCGGCGAUUUAGACUUUACAAACGCUGCACAGAGCGUAUGGCUCUCCCGCAUUCCUCGAACGCUCUGGGAGCAUUGGUCCAACCUCGACGACGAUGAAGAAAUUCAGGUCGGGACAGUUCGGAUUGAGGGCCCGCUAAACGAUAUCAAAAGGGUCAGUUUGCGUAUCAAUGAACGAGAGGAUAACCACGACAUCCCCAAAGAUUACCUACUGCAACGGCAAACAAUAAACACAGAACAAGUAUCCACUCAUUCUACGCAAAAUACGUAUUUAUUCACAGAAAAGGACAUUCCCGGCCAUGAGAAUCGGAUGAUCACUUUUGGCGAGGCGCGGUCAGCCCUGUACGAGUCGAUGAAGCGAGAAGCCAAGAAGAAGGAGCGAAAGAAGAAGUGGGAGCCUUAUGUCCGGAAGACGGUACCUAAACAAACUGCCCUUGUAGGCAGUGUUUCCGAGGAGUUCAACUGCCUUCCUGUGGAAAAUGAAGAAUUCCGGCUACUCUCAGAACAGAAGGUCUUGCAAUCUCUCAAACCGAAACGCGAAACCGUCUUCAUCGACAAGGUACCUGGAAAGCUCCUUCAGGCCAGAAAUGUUUUACCGGGAGAAAAGGGCGCCUUCGUGCAAGCAACAAAGGGGGCAAAGCUCAAACCUCAAGAAAACAAGACAACGCGUAUGCCACAAAACGAGCUUCUGGAUCUCAUUUAUCAGUGUUUCCGAGAGUACAGGUACUGGCCAUUUAAGGCGCUCAAAGCGAGACUCCGACAGCCCGAGGCGUAUCUUAAGCAAACAUUGGAGAUGAUUGGUCACCUGGUCAAAUCCGGCGAUUUUGCUAUGACUUGGGAGCUGAAACCAGAAGCGAAAGAGAGCAGCUAUGCGAAUGCGUUGUCAUAUGGCGAUGCAAAGGAAGAGAUGGCACCUGGUGCUGACUACAACUUCGACGACGCCUCCGAGGAGGAAGCGACACCUGGGAUGUUUACAGAUAACGACGAUAUGCAAUUUGAGAACGUUCCCUAG